AUGAAGAAACAUGAAGUUGAUACUCUAAACAAUUUCACUGAUGGUGUUUGCAAGUACCAAGUGAAAACUCUUCAGACUACCCCUACUUUUAUUGAGGAAGUUCAAGAAAAUAAAGCUUUGGAUCUAUGGCCGAAGAUGAAGGAAGAGCCUGAACUUGAUGUAAAUGAGGAACAUAUUCUGAAUAGUUACUACCAAUCCUCAAUUUUGUCUCAUGAUUCAUUGGAAUCUGCUUUGGCCAAUUACCUUGCUAACAGAUUAAACAGUGCAAGCCUUCAAAGUAACACACUCUUUGAUCUUUUUGUUGGGAUCUUGAAAUCUGACCAAGAAAUCAUGGAUUUUGUGAAGGAUGAUCUUAAAGCAGUUAAGGAAAGAGACCCUACUUGCAUAAGCCAUGUGCAUUGCUUCUUGAACUUCAAAGGCUUCUUAGCAUGCCAAUCUCAUAGAGUUGCUCAUAAGCUAUGGCUUCAAGGAAGAAAAGUCUUGGCAGUUAUGAUCCAGAACCGAGUUUCUGAGGUUUUUGCGGUUGGUAUUCAUCCCGGUGCUAAGAUUGGAAGCGGGAUUCUGCUUGAUCAUGUAACUGGAUUAGUGGUUGGUGAAACUGCAGUGAUUGGUAACAAUGUGUCAAUUUUGCAUAGUGUGACUUUGGGUGGAACUGGUAAAGCUUCUGGUGAUAGGCAUCCAAAGAUUGGUGAUGGGGUUUUGAUUGGUGCAGGGACUUGUAUUUUGGGGAACAUUAAGGUUGGUGAAUGUGCUAAGAUUGGUGCUGGUUCUGUGGUGAUUAAGAAUGUUCCUCCUAGGACUACUGUUGUUAGUUCGAAAGGUGAGGCGGUAGAGCUAUCCGAUGCGCCACUGGUCCAACGCUCUCGAGAAUCUGGAACGGACCGAUGUAUCGGGGAUUCAGCUUCUUCGUCUUAA